AUGAGUAAGGGCAGCUUGCUGCUGUGCUCGCUGGUGCUGGUGCAAGUCUGCAUCGUCCAGCUGUGCCUGAUCUCGAGCUGGCAGCUGACCGCAGGCCAGGCUGGGGGCAAGUUUUUGUGCCACCAAGAUCCGAUCGGGAGGCCGCCGCGGUUGAUGUCAAACCAUGGCCGCGAGGAGCUCCACGGCCGCAGCUCUGAUUGGAUCUUCGACGAGGAGCUCGCUGACGAAGGGUAUGCGAGCGACGGUGGAGGCGUGCCUUCGGAGGAGGAAGAGGGGUGGCUGCCUGACGAUGACGGCGGCGGUGGAGCCAAGGGCAGCAGCUCCGGUAGCGGCGGCGGUGAUGUCGAAUGUCCCGAGUGCGGGAAGUUCUUCAAGAACGAUAAAUCUAUGUUCGGCCAUCUCCGGAGUCACCCGAACAGAGGCUACAAAGGUGCUACUCCGCCCGUGAACAAGCUGAAGCUGUCGCCGGAGACGGCCGCCGCAUCGCCUUCUUCCCCAUCUCCGUCUCGAGGUACCCAUCAACCAAGCGCCCGACGCAAUCGUCCGCUAACCCCGUUCGAGCUAGUAUGUACCUACGCAAUGCUCACUUUGCCAUACCCAGAGAACAGUCAGCCAACCCAACAGGUGCCGCCGCCGCUGGCGCCGCCUUCUUUUUGCGAAACAAAUGUCGGUGUCAUCGAACAAGGUGUAGGCACCAGUAAUAUGACAGCUGCUGAAGCACACGCUGAUCAAUACGGUGGCUCCAUUGUGAAAAUCCCCAAGAAGAGACGUAAUAUGCUCAAAGAAAUCAGCGAGGCAGAUAGGAAGAAGACGAAGCAGACGAAGCUUGUGCCACCACCACCUCCGAAGGAGAAGGGUCCGUACAUCUGCAAGUAUUGCUACGCAGAGUUCUCGACGCACCAGGCCCUGGGUGGGCACAUGGCUGGCCAUCACAGGGACAAGAAGGUCCACACACUGAACGAUGCCUCGUCCACGGCACACCAGUCGUCCAGGGCACACCAGGGCAUGGCUGCCCAAAGCCAGGAUGGGAAGCUGCAAGUUAAAGGCGGUGGUGACGAUGACGACGGUUGGCGUGACAGCGGUCUGUCUCUUCGAAGGGGCCCAGGCAUCUCCAUGGCAUCGAACGUGCCGCGGCAGUCUGGGCAGGCGUCGGGAGGGCAGAUGAUAAAGAUGAGGCAGCAGCACUCAGGAAGGAGGAGCGAUGGCCUGACAUUGGCAGCGCCGGCGCUGGCACAGACUCCGACUCAAGCAGACGACAGAGGUGGGCGAAGGCUGUUGAACAUUGACCUCAACGCCGAGGCUACAGAACAGGAAUAG